CGCCUCUCCGUCACGUGCACGUGUCGAUAGUAUGUAUGUAUGUAUGUAUCUCUCCAUGCCAUGUGUGUACAGUGAGUACGUACGUGUGGGGUGGGGACUGCACAUUCGCUCUGCCUACACUGACUGACUGCAUGUUCGAACGAACGGUGCGGUGUGUCGGUCAAAACCUCUGGCUGCAUGAAUUGCCUGCCGCCCUCCUCUCUCUCUCUCUCUCUCUCACUCUCUCUCGUCUACGGCACGGCACGCACACACAGAAAAACCUACCACUCCCUAUGUCACAUCAUCAUCACUCAUCCAGCCGCCACGCCACGCCACCCGACCAAAAACAGCUAGCUGCCCACAGGCGCACCUCAUCGCAGUCAUUCACUCGAGUCAGCCAGCCCCCAGCCUCUCAGACGUCUGUGUGGCGUUCCGUCGGUCACAUGACGCUUGCAGCACUCAGCAACACCUGAUUAUUGCACACACAGACACACACACAGACAGACGCACACACACUGAGAAUGGGCACGUGCAUCUUCGGCUGAGGUUGCCAAUCACUCACCUCUGACGUGAUGCCUCUACACCGUGGGCAGUCCUCAUUCUUGCCAGCUGCACACACACACACACCCACACACACACGCACACACAUACAUAUACACCCCAGCACUACCACAGCAUGCCUGCCUCCCUCUCCGUCUCGAUCCCUCUCUCCACCACAGCAGAGUGCUCACCUCUCUCGUCCACAAGUGCUGCGUCUUCGUCAGCCGGCGGCAUGAUCAGCGGCGGCGGCCUCUUGAGCGCGUUGUGGUGCCUCUUGGCGAUGACACGCGGCAUCGAAGGGUCGGUCUUGUCCAUGACGGGGUUGCUGAUGGGCUUGUUGACGCACCGCGGCAGACAGGCCACGUAGUAAGCCGGGUCGUAUGUGGGGUCGGGCGGGGCCUUGCCGAACUCAAAUCGACAGGAGAAGUCGGUGUAGUUGGGUCGCAUGAAGAGGUCGACGCCCAUGUCUUCUUUGAAGAACUGCUGGGUGGGGACCUUGCAGCCAUUCAGACACAGUGACGCACACCUGAAACACUCACACACACACACACACACAGAGAGAGAGAGAGAGACAAUCACCUGACCAGAUCUCACGCCCAUCAGUGCAUGUCAGUGCAGUACUCACCCUGACUCCUCGAGGUAUCUGCAUCGUUUGAUGAGCACCCCCUCCCCCCUCCCCACCGUGCCGUCGUCGUGCUCCACGUCGCACACCUCGGCGUCGCCCACCAGCCAAUAAGACACCUUGGUCGUGAAAAAGGCAUUCAGCCUCCGCGAGAUGACCGGCAACGGCUUCGCGAAAUACUCGCGAAAGGCCGCCGGCAGCCACUUGGGCAUCAUGCCUGUUGCCCAAGAGGGAGAGGGAGAGAAGGAUCCAUCAGAUGAAUGUGGUGUCCGUGGUUUGUGUUGGCUGCAUUCCGUGCAUACCCGCGAUGAUUCGCCUGCUGGCUGCGUGGACUUGGCGCGGGUCUGGGGAGCGGAAUAUGACGUCGCGGACCAUCUCGACUGUGCCCUUGAAGGACUCAUCAGGAUGCAUCCACCUACACAGAACCACACACGCACACAACCAAGUGCACACGUAGACGCCGUGAUGCCCGCGAGCAAAACAGUCGCCUCCCGUACCCGGCCUCCUCCGCCACUUGUUUCCUGAACAGCCUGUGCAGGAAUCUGUCUGUGCGAGAGAAGGUCUCGUCACCGUCGUCGGGGCGCGGAUCUGAUGGACCUGUCGGCCGCUGCAGCUCCGGGAUCUCAACCGGCGAUACCUGCACACCACAUGCGGCCAUGGAUGCGUGUAUCCAAACACAUAUUUGAUGCGUGCUGCAUUGACUUACUCGCGGGGAUGGCGUGUCGUCCUUGACCCGUGUGGUGGCAGCCGACAGCCUGCUGUUCCAUCUCCUGCGCAGAGGGCUGAGAUCUGCAGGGCCUUGCCUGAGUGGCGGCCGAUGAGGCGCGAAUGCUGCUGACAGCAGCCACCGACGUGCAAGCAGCAGCCUGAGGACGGUCAGGGAAGCUGUGAACAGUCGUGCCGUAAGGGACGACGCCUUCAUGACUGUUGCAGAGGGCGGGUUGGAGUGCUCAGAUUUUGAGCGUUAACGUAACGGAAAGCGACCAGAACGUCUGAUCUUGAGUCUACCGUAUCAGGAGAGUGCUCAGACCCCUCU